CCAAACAGGAAGGUCACACCAUCCCCCACCAUCAUCAGGACACAGAAUCGAAGGAUAUCAAAGUUGAAGUUAAAGAAGAAGAGGAAGAAGAGCAGUCAUUUGUGUGGGGAAAUCAGCAGUCUAAUGAGCAAGGAAGUCCUCUGAACUCCACAUGGAAAGAUCCCAGCAUUGUUCACCAUGAUGAGGGUGAAGAACUGCAAUACAUCAAAGUUGAGGUUAAAGAAGAAGAAGAAGAAGAGAGGUUGGUGAGUGGGGAUCAGCAGUCUAUGGAGGAGGGGGAGAUGAUUAUGGAAAGUAAACAGGAGGAAUCUUCUCUACAUAUAGACACAAGUGGACACUAUGUCUUGGAUAAUUCAUCUUCAGAAUAUAAAGAAGAUGAGAAUGCCGCCGAAGAAUGUUCUACGGGAGUAAAUCCCAGUACACAUCACACACCUUCCCAUUUGAGGAGACGGAUUGGUCCCUCUAAUCCUGAGGAACCUUCUCGUAAAUCGCAUAAGGUUCCUCCAGAUACCCAUCUGGGUUCUCGUAGUACAGCUACAUCAACAAACACAUCUAAUCCCAAGAAAUCCCUUUCUUCGGCGUGUGGGAAAACUGGAAUACUUGGACCCCAGAGAAGUCAAAAGAGUGAGUUGGCUUUCUCAUGUUCAGAGUGCGGGAAAAGUUUCGCUCAGAAAGCUCAUCUUGCUAAACACCAAAGAAUUCACACAGGCCAGCGUCCUUACUUAUGUGUAGAUUGCGGGAAAGGUUUCAUUCAGAGAUCCGACCUUCUUAUACACCAAAGGAGACACACGGGUGAGCGGCCCUUUUCUUGUUCAGAGUGCGGAAAAUUUUUCUCCAUGAAAAGAACCCUACUUAAGCAUCAGAGAAUCCACACAGGAGAGUGUCCUUUCACCUGCUCAGAGUGCGGGAAGGCUUUUACUCAGAAAAGAUACCUUCUUAAUCACCAGAAAAAGCACACAGGUGAGCGGCCCUAUUCAUGUUCAGAGUGCGGGAAAGGUUUCAUCGAUAGAAGAAACCUUGAUCAUCACCAGAGAGUUCACACGGGUGAGCGUCCCUUUUCAUGUUCAGAGUGCGAUAAAUGUUUCACUCGGAAAGCAGGCCUUGUUGCACACCAGCGAGGUCACACAGGUGAGCGUCCUUAUAAAUGUUCAGUGUGCGGGAAGUGUUUCACUUACAAAAGAGAACUGAAUGCACAUCAGGUAAUUCACACCGGUGAACUUCCUUUUUCAUGUUCGGAGUGCGGAAAAUGUUUCACUGAAAAAGGGAAACUACUUAUACACCAGAAAUAUCACACGGGAGAACGUCCUUAUACAUGUUCGGAGUGCGAGAAAAGUUUUGUUCUGAAAGGACACCUUAUAAUUCACCAGAGAAGUCACACAGGUGAGCGUCCACAUGCAUGUUCAGAGUGCGGGAAAUGUUUUGUUCGGAAAAGAGAACUGAUUAUACACCAAAGGAGUCACACUAAUGAGCGUCCUUAUUCCUGUUCAGAGUGCGGGAAAUGCUUUGCAGAGAAAGGUAAACUUCAAAAGCACCAGAGGAUUCACAAGGGCGAUCGUCCCUAUGCAUGUUCAGAGUGCGGGAAAUGUUUCACUCAGAAAGAAACUCUUGUUACACACCAGAAAACUCACACGGGUGAGCGUGCCUUUUCUUGUUUAGAGUGCGGAAAAUCUUUCAUUUCUAACGCCGUCCUCCUUAAACACCAGAGAAGUCACACGGGGGAGCGUCCUUACUCAUGUUCAGAGUGCGAGAAAUGUUUUGCCAAGAAAUCAAGUCUUGUUAAUCACCAUAAAAUUCACACAGGCUAGCGUCAUUCAUGUCCAGAGUGCGGGAAGGGUUUUGUUCAGAAAUCCAACCUUCUUGCACACCAGAGAAGUCACACGGGUGAGCGUCCUUAUUCUUGUUUAGCGUGCGGGAAAUCGUUCAUUUUGAAAGCAAGCCUUGUUAAACAUCAGAGAAAACACACAGGUGAACAUCCUUAUUCAUGUUCAGAGUGCGGGAAAUCUUUCAUUGACAAAAGAUGCCUUCUUAAUCACCAGAAAAGCCACACAGGAGAGCGUCCCUAUUCAUGUUCAGAGUGCGGGAAAAGAAGCCUUCUACAUCACCAGAGAAUUCACACAGCUGAGGUUCCUGUUUCUGUUGAGGGUGCAGGAAAUUUUUCAAGGACACACAAAGGCUUAAGGCUGGGUUCACACUACUACACUACUUUCAUCCUACUUUGCUCUG